AUGUUAAGUCCAAAACGAACAAAAUAUCGUAAACCUCACCGUGGAAACCGUAAAGGACAAGCACUUCGUGGAAAUAAAAUCUCUUUCGGAGAUUUUGCUCUUCAAGCACUUGAGCCAGGUUGGAUCACUUCACGUCAAAUUGAAGCGGGUCGACGUGCUAUGAGUCGUUAUGCGAAGCGUGGUGGGAAAUUAUGGAUUCGUAUGUUCCCAGAUCGUUCAAUCACAGCUCGUGCAGCAGAAACACGUAUGGGUGCUGGUAAAGGUGCCCCAGAUUAUUGGGUAUGUAUUGUAAAACCAGGAAAGAUUCUUUAUGAACUUGCUGGUGUGCCAGAAACAAUCGCUCGUGCAUCGAUGCGUAUUGCGGCAUACAAGAUGCCUGUCAAAACUAAAUUUCUUGUGCGUGACGAAUAUGUUGCGCCACAAUAA